AUGUUUAGCCUAAGCUCCCCUCCCCUAGCUCUCGAGAGGAAGCUAAAGCUCUCCACCACCUACACUAUUCUCCUAGUGUUCUUCCUCUUCACUCUCCACAUCACCUCAUGCGAAGCUCGUCGUCUCCUCGUCAAUGGCAAGCACUUAAGCAGCAGCAAGUCUUCCUCGUCAUCUCAGGAUGCGGCAGAGGUUGCUGAUGCCCAGAAGAAAACGAGAAGCUCGUUGAUGGUUCAUGAUGCGGGGAAGAAGGCUCGAGCUGCCGGAAGCAGCAUCGAUCAGCCGACGGGCGCGGGAGCAACAUUGAUCAAUCGAUCAGGUGGAAUACGAAACACCACGCAUGCCGCUAGGGUUUCGCAGCAGCUUCCUCAUCGCAAGCACAUGGAUGAUCAGGGAAUUCACCUGGAUUAUGCUCAGCCUAGAACCCGCACUCCGUAUCACAACUGA